CACAAACGAAGGUUUAGUUAACCCUUGGCUCUUGAAUUCGCCGCGCCUCUUACGAGAGUUCGUCUCCUUCAGAGAUUGUCUUCGCCAAUUUUCAAAUUAUUUUUCCAGGGUGAUUUUUGUUUUCCAUAUUCGGAUUUAAGAUCUGACCCUGGGGUUGAAGAUUCACUAAAACUUCUGGGUUUUUGGGUUUGAAUAUCCUCAGUUGAUUUCUGAGUAAACCAAAGUGAUCAUGGAGACUGUUUCAGAAAUCGGAAACUCAAAUGGCUGUUUGAAUAAUCCUGAAUUGAGUGAUAAGCAUAAGGAGAGAUCGGGGAAAAAGAAGAGGAAAUCAAGGAAACAUGAUAGUGAGUUGAAGAAUAAUGAUUCUCAUAUCAGUAGCCAGAAUGGUAACACAGAUGGGGCUGUUUCAUCUGAAGCGCAAAAAGAGGGGGAAACAGAGGAAUCCACCUGUGAAGGUCAAGUCCAGUUAUCCGACAAUCGUGUAUCUACACUACCUGCAGCUAAUCUACAUCACGCAGAUCCAGUUUUAUCUACAGGAGAAGAUUCACUACCAGAUGCUAAUAAGAAUGGUUCCAGUAGAAAAAAAUCAAAAAGGAGAGAGAGGAAAAAGAAAGAGGAGGCUUCCUGUGAAGAGAAAAUGUCGGAUGAUGUAGAGAAAAUCACAAACGAAGACCAAGAGCAGCCACCCAACACUCUGUCAAAUGGUAUAGUACAAGAAGGGUCACACAAACAAAGUCAAGAUUCAUGUGAAAAAGCUGGAGCUGCACAACUUUGUACCGGCCCUAAUUUUUCAGCGCAAGAAGAUUCACAGCCAGAUGCUACUAGUUUGACUUGUUCCCAGAAAAGAAAGAGAGAGAAAAAGAGGGAUACAAAGGCACUGAAGGAAAGUGAUGUUGAUAUUCAUAGUACCAAUGCAGGGGUUGCUGUAAAGUACAAUACUAUUACUGAAGCUGAAGGAUCGAAAUCGAUGAGUAAAGAGGAAAACUCUGUUGCUAGUGCUGUGAUAAAUAGUUGUCUGCAAUCCAAGGAUGAUACUGUGGAACAACAAGAGUGCACAGAUGUUAAACUCAGUGAAACUGUUGCCCAAACUCAGAGUCCUAAAGCCAAGAAAAGGAAGAAGAGAAAGAAUAAAACAGCGGAGGUCUGUGAUCCAUUAGGAAAUAUUUUGCCAACCUCCACGAAAAGCGGGUCAGUAGAGUGUGUGGAAAAUAAUGAUGGGAAUAAGGAAACUGAUGGGAAUACUGAAGUUAAAGAGUAUGUUCUUGAACUUAAAUGCGAUACUACUUCUGAAGCUGAAGGAUCAAAACCGAUGGAUAUAGAGGAAAAAUCUAUUGCUGGUGUUGUGAUAAGUAGUUGUCCGAAAUCCAAGGAUGAUACAGUGGAACAACAAGAGUGCACAGAUGUCAAACUCAGUGAAACUGUGGCCCAAACUCAGAGUCCUAAAGCCAAGAAAAAGAAGAAGAGAAAGACCAAAACAGUGGAGGCUUGUGAUCCAUUAGGAAAUACUUUGCCAACCUCCACGAAAAGCGGGUCAGCAGAGUGUGUGGAAAAUAAUGAUGGGAGCAAGGAAACAGAUGGAAUUACUGAAGUUAAAGAAGACGUUCUUGAAGUUAAACACGAUACUAUUUCUGAAGCUGAAGAAUCAAAAUCGAUGAGUAAAGAGGAAAUAUCUGUUGCUAGUGUUAUGAUAAGUAGUUUUCCAAAAUCCAAGGAUGACACAGUGGAACAACAAGAAUGCACAUAUGUCAAUGAAACUGUGGCUCAGAAUCCUAAAGUCAAGAGAAGGAAGAAGAGAAAGACCGAAGCAGUGGAGGUCUGCGACUCGUUAGGAAAUACUUUAUCAACCUCCAUGAAAAGCGGGCCAGUAGAGUUUGUGGAAAAUAAUGAUGGGAAUGGUGGGCGAGAGUUAAUUAGUUAUCCAGCAAGUCAGAGGGAAAAUUCUGUAACUGGGGAGGGAAGUGGUUUACAGAAUCUCGGAAAAACUAAAGAGAAGGAAACAGAUGAAAAAACUGGAGUUAAAGAGGACGUCCUUGGAGCAGGUGUAUGUGAUGUAAGGAGCAAAAAACAGAAGGGGAAGAAGAAGAAAACGUCAUCUGCAGAUAUGGAAGUCUGUGAGCCAUCAGGAUCUGUAGGAUGUUUGUUGGAUCAUUCAGACGAAAAAGACAUGCCAAAUUGUGAUGGGAAUGCCGGACAACAAUUGGGGGGAGAGGAUAUGACAAGUAAAACUGAAAAGUCUGUAAUGAGAGAGAAAAGUGGAGUUCAGAAAUCUGGAAAACGUAAAGAAAUGACAAAAGAUGAAAAUAUUGAAUCUAAUCAGGAUACAAUUGGAGCCGAAGGUGUUAGUGAUGUUGCACGCAAAAAAAAAAAGAGGAAGACAAAAAAGAAAACAAAUUGCGAAUCAGUAGCCAUCAUGGAUAGCGACUGUUUGUUGUAUCAAUCAAAUAGAGAAGGUGUGGAAAAUUGCGAUGGGAAUGCUGAUGGGGAGAUUGCCAGUAAGGAUUUGGCAAGUAACACUGAAGAUUCUGCAACUAAGAAGGAAAGUGUUCAGGAUGUUGAAAAUACCAAAAAAAAGAAAAAAAGUAAAAAGGAAGAAGUUGAUCAGAAUGCCAUGGGAGCAGAAAGUGUUAGUGAGGUUGAGGUCACAACAAAGAAACGCAAGAAGAAGAAAAAUCUGUCGGAUCAUAUAACAGACAAUAUGGAGGACGACAGUAAAAAGAUAAAUGAUGUAAAGGGAGAAGUUGAUCAGAAUGCUUUGGGAGCAGAAGGUGUUAGCAAGGUUGAGGUCAAAACAAAGAAGAGCAAGAAUAAGAAAAAUGCUUUAGAUCAUAAAACUGAUGAUAUGGAGGAGAAGGAUGCUGUUUCCGUGCCUAGGAAAGAUGAAGAACCAGAAUUUGAUGGGGAAAAGCUUGAAAUGUCUUUGUCAAGUUCUGUUGUAAUACAAAAUAAUAUGGUUCAAGGAGUUGCUUCAUCAGAAACUGGAAGUGUACCUAAAUGUUCAUGUGAUGGUCGUACUAAAAAGUUGCUUGUAUUUGAUUUGAAUGGCAUACUGGCGGAUAUCGUUCAGGGCUUUACAGGUCAAUUUAUUCCAGAUGGUAAAGUAUCAUACAGAUCAGUCUUCAGGAGGCCUUUUGUUUCCAGUUUUCUCGACUUUUGCUUUGAGAGAUUUAAUGUUGCGAUAUGGUCCUCCAGGCGCAUUGGGUUGGAUUAUAUGGUCAGCAUUGUAAUGAGAAACUAUGCGAGGAAUCUGUUGUUCUGUUUUGAUCAGAAUAAAUGCACUACAACGAAGUUUAAAACGCAGGAGAAGAACGAUAAGCCUCUGUUCCUCAAGGAUCUACGAACAGUAUGGGAACGUGUUGGGACAUGCAUCAGUUGUGGAAAUCGAAAGUAUGAUGAGACAAACACAUUGCUAGUUGACGAUUCACCCGACAAGGCCUUGUGUAAUCCUCCAUACACUGGAAUCUUCCCUUCCCCGUACCAGUACACAGAGCAUCAAGAUUCUGCAUUGGGACCUGAGGGUGAGCUAAGGAAGUAUCUUGAAAGAUUAGCGGAUGCGGAGAACGUUCAGAAGUUUGUGGCAGAGAAUCCAUUUGGUCAGACUGCCAUAACUGAGACGCACGAGUCAUGGGAGUUUUACUCUAAGGUCGUCGAGGCACACAAGUAAUUCCUCCGCCGAGGACUUUGACUUAUGUAAUUGCCGCUCACAACAACUAAGUGUUCAUGCACAGACAGAUUAAGUUACUUCCGGUGGAGAAACUCUACUCCCUGAAACUUCAAUUUAGCUCACUUCACAUUUUUGUUGAUCUUUGUAUUUCUUGUGUUUCAAAGACCAGCCUCAGUAUACAUUAUCUGUUUAUGAUAAUAAUCUAGAUUCAAACUGGUAAGUUGUCUUCAAAUAAGUUGAUUGUUAUUCGUAUA